GGAGAAGAAAGAGAUGCGAUUCUUUAACAGCGAUGAGAGAGGCUGAGCAGGUUGGGUGAAAACUUUCGGACCAGCUCCAAGCAAACCUUCACACUGUGCGCCAAAUAAUAAUACAUAUGGUGGUGAAUUCCAUUCUCAGCCCAUGUUCUCCCAGCCAGCAUAUUCCUACUAUCCAGAAGAAGUUCAACACUUCUACAAAUGGACAUCUCCACCAGGAAUAAUCAAGAUCAUGUCAAUUCUUAUAACAGUAAUGUGUGUUGGUGUCUUUGCAUGUGUUGCCUCCACACUACCUUGGGACCUAGACGUGUAUGGAAGUGCUCUGGGGACUGGUAUGGGAUACCCUAACUAUGGUGGAUCUGGUUUUGGAGAUGGCUAUGGUUAUGGCUAUGGCUAUGGAAGUUAUGGCUAUGGCAGUGGUUAUGGCAGUGCUUAUGGCCUUGGAGGGAAUUAUAUCGAACCACGUGCUGCAAAGGGUUUUAUACUUGCAAUGGCAGCUUUCUGCUUUAUUGCUGGACUGGUGGUUUUCGUAACAAGUGUUGCCAAGAAUAGCAUGGCCAGGACAACAAAGUAUUAUCUCAUAAUCAUCAUAGGAAGUGUUCUCUUGAUGUUCUUGACGUUCAUUGCUACGAUAGUAUAUGUACUGGCAGUCAACCCAACGGCACAGGCUUCAGGAUCGGUGUUCUACAAUCAAAUUUAUACUCUGUGCAGCCAAUAUUAUGCUCCUACAAAUGCUGCGAUCUUUGUGAAUCAAUAUUUGUAUCACUAUUGUGUAGUGGAACCUCAGGAGGCUAUCGCUAUUGUCUUAGGGUUCCUGAUUGUCAUAGCUUUUAUCAUAAUAAUAUUCUUUGCGGUAAAGACACGCAAUAAGAUGAAUCGCUAUGGUAAAAUAAAUAUUCUGUGGGAUAACACAAAAGAUUAUGAAGAAGCUCCCAAUGUAGAAGAAUGGGUGAAAAAUGUAAAUGCAGAGCCUUCAUCACCCAUGCCAGUAAAUGACUACCCUGACAGAGUUGCUAGUUCUAUGGCUUACUCAACUUCUGAUAUUCCUGCGCAUCGUGGCUAUCCUGAAAAUAACUACAGGUCUACUCCGAUGCCUGAUCCCUUAAUAAAACAGUCUCAGUAUGCCAAUACCAGCAAUUACAAUGGGUCAGCUAAGGAUCCAGCACAAAAAAGACAAGCAGGAAGACAAAAAAGAAUCAACACUGACAACUAUGAUGCUGAUUAUACCACUGGAGGGGAAUCUUGUGAUGAACUGGAAGAAGACUGGGACAGGGAAUAUCCAGCUGUAUCAUCAGACCAUCAAAGACAAACAUACAAACGAGACUUUGAUGCAGGGCUGCAAGAAUACAAACGCUCGCAAGCAGAGCUAGACGAGAUCAGUAAAGAACUCUCUUGCCUUGAUAAAGCAUUGGAUGACUACAGAGAAGACAGUGAGGAAUAUAAGACUGCUGCUGAAGAAUACAACAGAUUGAAGGACAUAAAAGCAUCAGCAGACUAUAAGAACCGAAAGGAGCACUGCAAGAUGCUGAAGAGUAAGCUGUCACAUAUCAAAAGAAUGGUCACUGACUAUGAUAGUCGAAAGUCAUAACAAGAGGAAGGAAAAGAAUGUUUGUUUUAGUAUGUACAUUUUCAUAAAGCUGGGAUGCAGUUGCUUUGAAUCACAAUUAAUGGAAAAGAGCCUUUGUUUCUUUUCUUUUUUUUUACUUUUCAACUGCACACAUUUGUGCCAUGUUAAUAUGAAGCCUGAACUCUGUGGCAUUGCAUAUAUGAGGUAUUUUGUACUUUUCACAGAGUCAAGGAAUUUUGUUCUGAACAUCUUUACUUCAUGUUGGCCCGCAAUAUAAUGGACAUCUUUUUGAAUUGUUUACUUUCCUUUUCUGUCAUGACUUGUUCUCCAUAUCCCUUGACGUGUUGCAAUGUGCCUUUGAAAAGCAGUUGAGAGAGACUGUACAUUGUCUUCCAAUUCUUUUUUUACUACGUGUGUGUGUGUGUGUGUUGUUGCAUUGUAUCUUUCCAAAUGCCAUUUACACUGAGGGCUUGGUGCUUUUUCUGAAAUGGUAAUUUUACAUCUUGCUCAAGUUUUGAAAAUAUAACCCCUUUUUUUUUGAAACCAGGACAUCUGUGAAUGUCAAAGUAAUAAGAAUUAUAUUUUUGAAUGGCAUAAAGGUGAUUUAAAUUCUGCCAGUGUUGCUCAUCCAGUAGUAUAUUACAAUACUUGCUAUGUGAAACUGUAAAUAUGUUUACUCUUUUUAAAGAAAAUCUCAAUUUGUAUUUUUAGAUUACAUUUUUGUUGUACAGAUGUAGUUCUCUUCUGAUUAAUCCCAUUUUAUGACCUGAGUGUCUUUUAUGUGGAUUGCUCUUGAUGUUCUUGUGAGUUGUUAUAUUUGAAUUAUGCAAAUGAUCAAAUACUAAACAAAGUCUAGAAUACUCUUAAACAGGUUUGUCAUGGCCCAAGAAGAAUAGAAAACAAAGUAGAUAAGGGCGUUCUUUAGAAUAAUGUUGAUGUUUCCUUUAAAUAUAAUGGUAGUUAUUGAAAGCAUAAUGUCAAGAAAAAGAAAAUGGACAGUAAAAUUGGUGCUCAGACCAGUAAAAUUGGUGCCUUUAGAGUUGCUAGGGUUAACCUAACCAGUUCAUCAUUAUUGUAGUAGCCACCAGUGCUGGUAGCCUGGGACUUCCUUCCUUUCACUGAUGUGAUACAAUAAUGCUAUCUUAAUGCUAAUGAACAAGCUUUAUGCCCCCAGAGUGCUAGGAAGGCAGCAGCUCUUGAUGUUAAGUGGAUCUGCUGAUGGUUCCACAGAGACUUUCCCAAGUAAAGGAGUGGACAAUGCAAUGCACCCAAAUUCUACCAUGUUAUUCAUGGAGGUGGGAACAAUCUAUUCUUGCCCAAUUAAACAAAAGUUUUAAAAUAUAGAAAUUUGGGUAUUAGGAGAGUUUUAAAUUGCCUAUUUCUUAGUUAGCCUUAUCCUGGUUGAAAUAUUAUUGAAGAGCUGGUUACCAAGGCUUACUGUUUCUGAAAUGUCUCAGCAGUCUCUUUUGAUGAGCUAACCCUCAUGUUGGACUACUUUAAAGGGAACUUGGACAAAUUUGUAGAGGAUAGCCUAAUAGUUAUUAGCUGUACCAGCUAAAUAGAACAUCCAAGUUCAGAGGAAGUGUGCUUCUGAAUAUCAAUUGCUGGGGGGGAGGGAUAGGGGAGGUUUUUUUUGUUAACGCACUGAAAGUGUUUGACCACUGAUUGAAACAGGAUGCUAGACAAGAUGCAUCAUUAGUCUGAUCCAAUGGCCUGGUCUUUUCAAUUUUUUAUGUAAGCAGCAGUAGCCCUCCAUUAUUUCUGCUUCCAGCUCACAUGGCAUCCUGCUUAACAGCCCAGGAAAUGGGCAGAAACUGAGCAGUAGCUCUCAUAAAUAAGAGUUUAAAGAGUGUUACAUUGUUGUGGGAGAAGAUGAUCAUCUCACAUCCCAAGUGGACUUAGCUAAUUACAGCAUGUCAAAAUGGGAAGUCAUACUGGCCACAUUUUCUAUUUGUACAAAGAAGUACACAGAUAAAGGGUGGGAUGUGAAUAAAUGGGUCUAAAACGUGUUUGUUCAAGUUCAGUAAAGACUUACGCUUCUGUUAGUUAUCCCUUGAAAGCAACCCAUAAUAAAAACGUAGGCGGUAUGUUUAUUUAUACAUACAUACUGCAUUUAACCUAACAGAAGAGAGCCUGGAUGUAAACCUCCCCCCAAAGUUAUACACAAUUGUGUGUAACUUACAUGCAAAUUUAAAAUGAUCCACUCACCAUUUUUAUGACAAUAAUCCUUCCCUCCACCCCCUAAAAAAACACCUUUUUCAAGUAAACAGGUACAAAUAUGUCUUGAUGAAUGUCAGCAAUGAAGACUUGUAUGGUAGUGUAGCGAAGUUACCUUCACCAUAAUAUUCAUUCAAACAUUAACAGAAAAUUUUCUAGUGCAAUUGGUACAGCAACUGCAGCCACAACAAUGAUGUAUGCAAGUUCGAGCAGGAAUUGUUGAUUAUUUAUAGCGCAGGUUGUAGAUCUACAGAUUCUUUGCUUGUCUAAAAGUGUAAUACAGCUGUAAAGCAAUCUGAACCAGCAGCAAUUCCCAGUGAUGACAAAUCCCUAGAGCUUGGCUCUUCAGGUCUUGUUUAAAGAUAUUUUCCACUGGCGAACAAAAUUAUUUCUCAAGAACAUUAUGCCGGUUGGCAAGGUUCUGGCAAUUUGUCAAAACACUUUUCUGAUCAUAUGUAUCUACCAUCUUUGCUUAAGGACAACUUUUUAUUUUUCAAUCGUGUAUUAAGAACAAGUAAACAUUGGGUUUGUCCUACAUCCAUGGGAGAAGUAUUUUUUUAAUAAACACAACAGCAAUGCAAACAUAGCCCUCACCCAGUUUCAAACUGAGUCAAGAGAAAACACUAAUGGGUGUGAGCCAUGAAUGUACUCAGAGAUUUCAUGAAUGUUGAUUAACAAGCACCAGACACUGCUGCUGCUUAAUAAACUACUGACUCAAUAGGUGUUUCUGGGAGGAAUAUGGUGUUUGAAGGGCAGCAUGAUAUCCUGAACUAUGUAAACAAACAGAGUGUAAAACUCAUCUUUAAUUGCAUGCCUUUGUAGGAUGUGAUAGCAUACCAUAACUGCAAAUGUACUUGUUGCAUAUGUGCUGGGAAAUGUGAAGGUAAUCAUGACAUAUUCAUCAUCCAGUACAAUUUUGUUAAAAUGGUGUGACCUAAAUGGUAACAAGUGUAUAAUAUGUAGUGAGGAUUGCUUAAUGUGUAAUAAAAAUUAAGCCAU